AUGAGGGGAAGAUUACCCAAAAACAAUACACACCUCGCAUUUUUAUUAGAUCUUUUUCAAUCUAAAAAGCGUGUUGACGGCAGAGAGUGGACUGAUUUUCGUUCUUUUGAUGUUAGUUAUGAUCCAACUUGUAGAUUAACACACAUUCGUUUGGGGAAAACAAGGUUAAUGUGCACAUUAGAUGCAGAAAUUUCAGCACCCAGAAAAAGUACAAAACCAGGUGCUGGCUCUAUUGCUUUUUCCGUCGAUUUUCUUCCAAUGGCACAUCCCUCAGCUGUUGAAACAAAUUCUUUUGAUAACGAGAUAGAGCAAUGUUUGGUUAUUUUGGAAUCUUUAUUUAGAGAUACUUAUUGCUUGGAUUUUGAUACUUUGUGUAUUGAGUCGAAUAAAUAUGUUUUUGACAUUAAAUGUGAAAUAAAAAUUCUUGAUUAUGAUGGAGGUUUAUGGGAUGCAUCUGUUUUGGCUGUUUCUUGUGCCAUAACACAUUUUAAAAGAAGUGAUGUUAGUUAUAAUUCUAUAACUAAAAAACUUAUUGUGCAUUCAAAUGAUAAACCACCAAUUCCUUUGACUGUUUAUUACAAACCGGUAACUACUACAUUUGGAUUUAUUAAUGGAAUAUAGCCAAAAUGCUAAAAAUCUGUCUUAUACCCCUUCCGUUUAUUCAACCUCCCAUUUAUACCAUACAAACUCGAGUCAAAAAUUUAACAUCUCCUGCUUAUCUCAACCAUUCCCACAUAUACCAAAUAGCCAAAAUGUCUAUCACAUAUACCAAAUAGCCAAAAUGUCUAUAUACUUCCCCUUCUUAUCCAUUUUUAUACUUCCCCUUCAUAUCCAUUUAUCACAGAUAUGUUCUCACAGCU